AGCUUCGAUCGCCAUGAGUCCCGUGGUGACUAAGUCCCCUCCAACCCUCGUCCCCCCCGCGUCGCCGACCCCGACCUCGACGCUCCUCCUCCCCCUCUCCUCCAUCUAUCGCGCCGCCAACGCGCGCGUCUCCGUCGAAUUCAUCCAGGUCUUCUCCCGCGGCGGCGAUGGCGGCGCCGUCGCCGCCAUCAGAGAGGGCUUCGCCCGCGCCCUCGUCCCCUACUUCCCCGUCGCCGGGAGGAUCGUCGAGAGCGUCCCCGGCGAGCCCAUGGUCGAGUGCUCCGGCGACGGGAUCUGGUUCGUGGAGGCGGAGGCCGAUUGCGCCCUGGACGACGUGAACCAGCUCGAGCGCCCCCUCAUGAUCCCUAGAGAGGAGCUCCUCCCUCGCCCUCCCCCCGAGGUGAAGCUCGAGGAAGCCAUCCUCAUGGCCCAGGUGACGGUAUUCAAGUGUGGCGGAAUCGCGGUCGGCAUCUGCUUCAGCCACCUCGUGUUCGACGGCCAGGGUGCGGCCCAGUUCAUGAAAGCCGUCGGCGAGAUGGCGAGAGGCCUCCCAGAGCCAUCGGUCGCGCCGGUCUGGUCCCGCAAUGCCAUUCCCGACCCCCCCAAGAUACCCCGCGGUGGCCCGCCGCCGGCCUUCACGGCCUUCAAUUUUGUCACCUCCGUGAUCGAGAUCUCGUCGGAGAGCAUCAACCGCACCAAGAACGACUUCGCGGCCGCCACGGGCGACAAGUGCUCGACCUUCGACGUCGUCACCGCGAUGCUUUACAAGUGCCGCGCCAAGGCCAUCAACCUACCCCCCAGUGCCAAGGUCCACCUGAGCAUUACAGCCAGCACCCGCCACCUGCUGCACGGCAUGCUGCCGUCGGUCGAAGGCUACUACGGCAACUGCGUGUAUCCUGUGGUGAUCACGAGGACGAGCGAGGAAAUUGACAAUGCGUCGAUCAUCGAGAUCGUGGCCAUGAUCAGGGACGCGAAGGAGGCGCUCUCGACGCAGUUCGUUGACUGGAUAAACGGAGGGACCAAGUGCAACCACUACAACAUGCCGCUGGACUACGGCACGGUAGCCCUGUCGGAUUGGAGCCGUCUCGGGUUCAACGAGGUCGACUACGGGUGGGGAGAGCCAAGCUACGUUUUCACGCUGAACGACGACGCAAACGUCAUCGCGUUUGCGAUAUAUCUGAAGCCGCCGGCGCCGAAGCAGGGGAUCAGAUUGAUGCUGCGCUGCGUCGAGGAAGAGCACUCUGCUUUGUUGUGCGAUGAACUGCUGAAGUUGGCGUAGGGCGAAAUUUGCUCUUCCUUUUCUUUUUUUUUUUCAAAGUAAGUUGUGCAACUUGGAAUCUGAAUAUGAUGAAAAUAAGUAGCUUGUUCAUUUUGUUGGUGAUGUACUAUUACAGGUCAAAGUGUGUAACAUUAGAGACGCGUAAUUUAUUUGGAUAGAUAUAACAUUUGCCUUUUGAGUUUGUUCUUUUGAAA